AUGGGUAAAACCCUGAUAUCGUAUAAUGGUUGGGGACACAAUAACGACUGGGGACACAAUAUAAAAGCAAACUCUUCAAAGCAGUUGAUGAUUUCAAUCAUAAAGGUAAAAAUGGAGUAUACUUUUCUAUUCGUUGUUUUGGUAGCAUAUCUUUCUGCAAUUAAUAAUAAAGUUACUAGCUUGGAAGUGGAAAAUAUCAUUCAUGGUAGUAACGCCGAAAAGGGUCAGUUUCCAUACAGUGUUGAGAUAGCGAUCCACAGUACAACCUACCCAAUCCACUUGUGUGGUGGAACACUAAUCGCUCCUAACAUUGUCCUAACAGCAGCUCACUGCUUUUAUGAUAAUAAAGUUCAAAAGAUCAAACAUAAGCCAUACAUACUAUACGAUCAGUCAUCUAAUAAGUACGACAUUGCUGUGUUAAGGCUGAAAAAAAGUUUUGACGUUGGUGACUAUUCACUUAUUAAAACAAUAUCAUUGCCCGAGAGAAAUCAAAACUAUGAAGACAAACUUGCAACACUCUCAGGUUUUGGAAAGGAUGAUGUUACUAAAGUUUUCAAUCGUGGUAACUUAAGUAAUAGUUUUCAAUUCGCAUGGAGUGGAAGGUUAAAAUACACAAUCGUCAAAAUCUUAAAUUCGGUUUGGUGUUCGGGAACUCUCCAUCAAUUUUGUGGCGUGAUGAAACGAACAUCAAAUGGUGAUUAUACAACAGCCUGCUAUGGUGAUAGUGGAAGUCCCCUCGUGUACAAUGACACAGUAAUUGGAAUAGUGAGUUAUGGAAACACUGAUUCCUGCGGAGAGAGCCAGAUUGAAACAUUCACGAACGUCUCUUAUUUUAUCGACUUCAUUAUUGGAGCAAUAAUUGAUGAACCAACAAACGAUAUGUCCAUCACGUCAGUUAAUGAAUAUUAA